ACAGUCAUUCAUUCUUUCAUUUCUCCACACACAGACUGAAAAGCUAACCGAAAGAAACAGAACCUCCUCUGUUUUUCACUGUUUCAUUUCUCUUUGUUUCAGUUUUCUAUUGAGAGCUUUAAUGGCGGAAGAUUCUGGAAGGAAGCUCGUGGUGGAGGUUUGCGAUGCGAAGAACUUGAUGCCGAAAGACGGCCAAGGAACCGCGAGCGCUUACGCGAUCGUGGAUUUCGACAGCCAGAGACGGCGAACUACGACAAAAUCGAGAGAUCUCAAUCCUCAGUGGAACGAGAAGCUCGAGUUCAUGGUUCACGACAAAGAGUCCAUGCCUUCGGAAACGCUAGAGGUCAAUCUCUACAACGACAAGAAAGCAGGUAAGAGAAGCACUUUUCUCGGCAAGGUAAAAAUAUCCGGAAGUACUUUCUCCAAGUCUGGUUCCGAGGAGAUUGUGUACUAUCCGUUGGAGAAAAGGAGCGUUUUCUCUCAGAUCAAAGGGGAACUCGGCCUGAAAGUUUGUUUCGUCGAUAACGAUCCACCACCAGCUACCACCGAAGCCGCCGGUGAGGAGAAGAAGGAAGAAAAAGCAGAGGAGAAGCCGCCGGAGAACAAGCAAGACGGAGAGAAGAAGGAAGAUAAAGCUGAAGAGGGGAAGAAAGAAGAGGAAAAGAAGGAAGACGAUAAUAAACCAAAAGAAGAUUCCAAGGAAGAAGAAAAACCAAAGACAGAGGAAGCAAAAUCAAAGGAAGAGGUACCAGCGGAGAAAACGCCAACGCCAACGCCAGCACCGCCCCCUGCGGAGGUAGUGAAUCCGCCGAUUGCUGAGGCGGAGAAGCCGAAGAUGAAGGAAAAGCACGGAGCUCUGCAAAAACGUGCUGAUCUGAAAGUGAGUGACCACGAGCUCCGAUCCGAUCGGAGUCGCAGCGCCAACGAUCUUGUGGACCGCAUGCCGUUUCUCUACAUUCGCGUGGUUAAGGCAAAGCUUGCAAAUCCAGAACCUGAUUCCGCAAUUUUCUCAAAACUUGUAAUUGGUACUCACACAAUCAGGACCAAGAGUGAGUGUGAGGGCAAAGAUUGGGAUCAGGUUUUCGCAUUUGACAAAGAAGGCCUCAAUUCAACCUCCUUGGAAGUUUCCUUGUUCUCUGAGAAGGGUAAAGAAGGGAGCGAUGAGAAGAGCCUCGGAACGGUGUCCUUUGACCUGCAGGAGGUUCCUAAGAGAGUUCCACCGGAUAGUCCUCUGGCUCCACAGUGGUACACUCUAGAAUCUGACUCCUCGCCGGGAAAUGACGUCAUGCUUGCCGUAUGGAUCGGGACUCAGGCAGAUGAGGCGUUUCAGGAGGCUUGGCAAUCAGAUUCCGGCGGGUUGAUACCGGAGACACGAGCCAAGGUGUAUCUUUCACCCAAACUUUGGUAUCUGAGACUAACGGUUAUCCAGACCCAGGACUUGCAGCUAGGUUCGGGAUGCGAGCCUAAGGUUCGGAAUCCCGAGUUUUACGUAAAGGCUCAGCUCGGCGCGCAGGUUUUCAAAACAGGCAGAACCUCCCCAGGCUCAGCUAACCCAACGUGGAACGAGGACCUCGUGUUUGUAGCCGCAGAGCCGUUUGAGCCGUUUCUAGUUGUAACGGUAGAAGACGUGUCAAAUUCAAAGCCAGUGGGCCAGGCAAAGAUCCACGUGUCAUCCAUCGAGCGUAGGACAGACGAUCGAACGGACCUAAAGUCCAGAUGGUUCAACCUUUCCGGCGAAGACGAGAACCAUUCAUACACCGGUAGAAUCCAUGUUCGUGUUUGCUUGGAAGGUGGGUAUCACGUGAUAGAUGAAGCAGCUCACGUGACAAGCGACGCGCGUGCCGCGGCGAAACAACUCCACAAGCCUCCAAUCGGUUUGCUAGAGGUGGGGAUUCGCGGCGCCACCAACCUCCUCCCCGUGAAGACCAAGGACGGGACACGUGGCACCACCGAUGCCUAUGUGGUGGCGAAAUACGGGCCCAAGUGGGUCCGAACCAGAACCAUAAUGGACCGGUUCAACCCGCGGUGGAACGAGCAGUAUACUUGGGAUGUGCACGACCCUUGCACGGUGCUCACAAUUGGUGUGUUCGACAAUGGAAGAUACUGCAAAAACAGCAACAGAGACGUUAGGAUGGGGAAAAUUCGUGUGCGGUUGUCCACACUGGACACCAACCGUGUAUACUUGAACUCCUAUUCGUUAACGGUUUUGCUGCCAGGUGGCGCGAAGAGAAUGGGGGAGAUAGAGAUUGCAGUGAGAUUCUCAUGCUCUUCGUGGUUGAGCUUAAUGCAGGCCUACGCAAGCCCAAUUCUUCCCAGGAUGCACUACGUGCGCCCAUUCGGCCCAACCCAACAAGAUGUCCUGCGCCAAACAGCCAUGAGGAUCGUGACGGCUCGUCUCAGCCGGUCUGAACCGCCUCUGGGUCAGGAAGUGGUUCAGUUCAUGCUGGAUUCUGAUACACACGUGUGGAGCAUGCGGCGGAGCAAGGCGAACUGGUUCAGGGUGGUGGGUUGUUUGUCACGCGCGGCGACGGUGCUGCGUUGGGUGGACGGGAUUCGCAUGUGGACCCACCCUCCCACGACGGUUUUAGUCCACGUGCUGCUCGUGGCGGUGGUGUUGUGCCCUUACCUGGUGGUCCCCACGGUGUUCAUGUAUGCGUUCUUGGUUUUGCUACUGAGAUUCCGGUACCGAUCACGGGCCCUACACAGCAUGGAUCCGAGGAUGUCGUACGUGGACAUGGUGAGCCUGGACGAGCUGGACGAGGAGUUUGAUGGGUUCCCCACGACGCGGUCCGCGGAGCAUGUUCGAAUCAGGUACGAUAGGGUGCGGGCGCUUGCGGGGAGGGCGCAGACAUUGUUGGGUGACGUGGCGGCACAGGGGGAGCGGUUGGAGGCAUUGUUUAGUUGGCGGGACCCACGGGCCACUGGGAUAUUCGCGGUGCUGUGUUUGGUAGCGUCGUUGGUGUUCUACGCGGUGCCGUUUAAGGGUUUUGUGCUGGGGGCUGGGUUCUUCUACCUGCGACACCCGAGGUUCCGCGACGACAUGCCGUCUAUCUCUGCUAACUUUUUCCGGCGACUUCCGUCAUAUUCCGAUCAGAUUAUGUGAUGAAACAUUAUUUUAUGGUGGUAUUUUUAUUUUAUUUUGUUUAAUUAUGUUGUUCUAUGAGGUGUAUUAUUAUUAUUAUUAUUUUGAAAUUUAGGUGUAUUAUUAUUUAUUAAUUC